AUGCGCUUCUUCCAGACUCUCGCUGUCUCAGCGCUCUUCUCCCUUGGCAACGCUGCAGCCAUCGCCAAGUCAUCCUCUUCCGAGGUCCCCAAGACUGACUACGAUGCCAUCGUUAUCGGAGGUGGUCCUGCCGGUCUCUCUGCACUGAGUGGUCUUGCGCGCGUGCGUCGAAAUGUCCUCCUGCUUGACAAUGGCCUGUAUAGGAAUGGACCUACGCGCCACAUGCACGAUGUGAUAGGAUUUGACGGCGUGCAACCUGCGUACUACCGCUAUGAGGCUCGAAGACAGUUGUCGUACUACCCUACUGUGAAGAUGGAGAACGCAACUGUUACAGAUAUUGAGAGCAAGAGCAAGGGUGAUAGUGCCACAUGGUUCUCUGUCGCGGUGGAAUACCCCGGCCAGCCCAGCAAGCAAAUCACAGCCCGCAAGAUCGUCCUUGCUACCGGUCUGAAGGAUAUUCUCCCAAACACUCCUGGCAUUGAAGAUGCUUGGGGCAAGGGUAUUUUCUGGUGCCCAUGGUGCGACGGCCAUGAGCACGCCGACCAACCCCUCGGCCUUCUCGCCCCUCUUAACAAAAUCGCCGGCCUAGUCAGAGAGAUGGCGACUCUCAACAAAAACGUUUACGCCUUCGUCAAUGGCACCGACAACAGCACCAACCGUGCCCUUGCAGACAAAGAUCUACCUCAAUGGAAGGAGUAUCUCAAGCUUCACAACGUGACCGUUGACAACCGAACUAUCACCGAGGUCAAGCGUCUGGAGAACGGAGACACCCACAACGCUGAUCCUAGCCUGCCUUCGGUUCCCGAGUUCGACCUUUUCAGCGUUGAGUUCGAUGAAGGUAAGCCCGUCGAACGCGCUGCUUUCUUGGCCGACUUCCCAGACGAGCAGCGUUCCGACGUUGGAGAAAAGGCCGGUGUCCAGCUGUACGGUGGUCGCCUACAAUCAAAUGGCACAGCUGGACAGAUCACCAAUAUCCCCGGAAUCUACGCUAUUGGCGACGCUAACACGGACAACACUACCAAUGUACCACAUGCUUUGUUCACCGGCAAGCGGGCGGCUGUAUUCCUUCAUGUGCAACUUGAGCGUGAGCAGCAAACUGCUGAAUUAGCUGGUCUUCCAAAGAGAGAGGCAGACCUCCAGGAGCGAGAUGUAUGGGAGGUGAUGAACGGCAAGCGUGGAGAGUUGAUGUAUGCGGGAGAGUUUGAGCAGUAA